AUCAAGAAAGAAAAAGUCCACUUGCGGUCGUCGUCUUGCUUAGUUCGGCCCGGCUGCCUUUGCUCGCUGUCGCCGCUCGCCACUGUAGUCUUCUGCUCCGCAUCCAAAUCUCAGAUCGAACACCGCUAUCGCCGAUGGCCGCCUCCGCCUCCGCCGGCAGCCGCCGCUUCAAGAUCUUCGCGGCCGCCGACGGCUUCGGCGAGCCGCUCAAGGACGCCGUCGUCGCGCACCUCCGCGCCCACUCCUCCGUCGCCGACGUCGUCGACCUCGGCGUCGACAAGUACUACUCCGCCGCCGCGGCCGUCGCCCGCGGCGUCUCCUCCUCGGCCCCUGACCCAGCGCUCGAGGCCCGCGGCGUCGUCGUCUGCGGCACCGGCGCCGGCGUCGCCAUCUUCGCCAACAAGUACCCCGGCGUGUACGCCACGCACUGCGGCUCCGCCGCCGACGCCGUCAACACCCGCUCCAUCAACGCCUGCAACGUCCUCGCCCUCUCCGGCAUGGCCACCCCGCCCGAGGCCGCCGCCGCCAUCGCCGACGCCUGGCUCGCCACCCCCUUCCGCGCCCCCUGCCCCGCGUCCGGCGACGCCCCUUGGCCGGAGGACAUUCAGAAGUUCUUCGAUGCUGCCCCCGGUGAGAUGGCCUCCAUCCCCGAGGGACCGGCAGCCCCUCCUGCGCCGGACUCCGCCUGCGCCAUCUGCUACCUGAGGAAGGGGAUGGAGUUCGAGCCGGUGGACAUCAUGCCCGGCGGCGAGAUGCGGAUUGUGCGCGAGAGCCCGACUUCGGCCUACGUGCGGUUCAAAGCUGGAAGCGUGGAGCCGGCCCACCACCACACCUUCGGCCACGACCUGGUGGUGAUCAAGGGCAAGAAGAAGGUGUGGAACUUGACCAAGAAGGAGAGCUAUGGCCUGGUCGAUGGGGACUUCCUGUUCACGCCUGCUGGGGACGUGCACCGUGUCAAGUACUUGGAGGACACAGAGUUCUUCAUCCGCUGGGAUGGGCACUGGGACAUUUUCCUUGAUGAAGACCUCGAGACCGCACGCAAUGCCAUCGAUGCAGAGCUCGGUGUGGUUGACAGUGAGAAGUGAGGAGGUUUGUGAAGGUUCUAUCUUGUGGUUCCACCUUUUUUUCUCCAUCGAUGCAGAGUUCAGUGUACAAUGUUUGUUGCUGGUGCUGUGCCUGUACUGGUUCCGGUGACAUCUUUUCAAAUAUGUAUGUUUGCUGGAUGCUGUGCCAUGCUUUGUCGAAUAAAAUGGUGAUACUGGUUGUAAUGCUACCUUGAUAUGUUUAUACAAUUACAAUCUGUGUUUGCUGAAUAAUAUGCAGAUGCAAGGAUUGCUAUGUUUUA